GUGGUUUUCAAUCGUAGUCUUGCUUCGGUAACUCGCCCGGCUUGUUUUCAAUCUAAGCUAAAACCCUCCACAAUCAUUUUGUAUCAGCGGCCAAAAUGUAUCUGUUUACAAUCAGCAAUGAACGUCAAUUCCCCUUUCCUUCUCCAUUUUUUUUUCUUUAUUUACCUUUCUGUUAGUGGAUGGUCAGGCGAGAAAUCCGCGACUGUCGACGAUUCGGUAGAGCAGCGUCACGAGAGGAACAGGGUCCAACCAUGUGGCGACCAUGGCGGCCCGAAGUCAGUGGCGGAAUGCCACGGCGGUUAAGGAGGGCGGCAGCUUUCUGACUCGGAGUUGAUGCUUGACCCUGGAAGGAUCAGUCUCUGAUUCAACGCAAAACACCUGCAAAGAAACUCGCCAAUGAGUAUCCUUCUCCUGUGGUUCGUCCAUCGCCAUGGAAAUUCGGUGUUGAGUGGCAGUAUCUUUACUCGACAGUUCAAGGAGACUCUUCUUAUUACACUUAUUUUUGCUUCCUUCAUUUCUGGGUUCUAAGUCUUAAAGAGAUCCC